AUGUCACCUCAUCCUACCAUCACGAUACUCAAACCAUCGAGAUCAGGUCCAGCUGAAAGUGUGACACUUAAACAAUAUUUAAGAAAAACUGCCAGAGGAAAAGUUCAAAAGAUCUUACGAGAACAUUAUCUUAGAAUAGAUAUACCAUGUGGAUCAUCAAAUUGUCAAGAUUGUACACGUAGAAAAGGUCAUAAGAAGUUUACGGAUGGUCAUUAUCUUAUGAUUGAUACAAAUGUGAUCUUAAGACAAAUCGAUUUACUUGAAUCUUCUGCAUUUGGAUCUGAUUUAAUUAUCCCUCAAACCGUUUUUGAUGAAGUUAGACAUAGAUCAUUACCUAUUUUUAAUAGAUUAAAGGCUUUGAUCAAUGAAACUGAUCAAUCUGGUAGGUAUGCAAGAGGUUGGGUGUUUUGGAAUGAAGCUCAUCUUGAAACUCAUCUUAAACGUGAAUCGACUGAAUCGAUUAACGAUCGAAACGAUCGAGCGAUCCGACAACUCUGUCAAUGGUACACAGAUCAUCUUUCAGACCAUCCGAUCCGAAUCGUUCUUCUUAGUGAUGAUCGUGGUAAUCGAGAAAAAGCUUUAGAAUCAGGAUUACUCGUCUCUACUACCAAAGAAUAUGUAGAAGGAAUGAAAGAAAACGAAAGUGUAGUCUUGACAGAAUUAAUAGCGGCUUCUGGAACGGAAUUUGAUUCAGGUGAAAGUUCUGAUCCUCGAACUCAAAAGAAUCGAAUGUCAAUCUAUGAAGAUUAUUUAUCAAUGUCAGAUUUGAAUGCAGGAUUAAGUUUAAAAUCACUUUAUCAAGGAAAAUUUAGAACUAAUCAGUACAAUUAUUUAGAAGGAUCAAUCUUUCAUCCAGAGUUUGAGAAACCGAUUCUUUUGAUUGGUAAAGAAGCUAUGAAUAGAUCAAUUGAUGGGGAUGAUGUGGUAGUCGAACUUUUACCUGAAGAUGAAUGGAAGACCUCUACAGAUGAAGUGGUGGUAGAUCAUGAUCUUCCUAAUGCAGCUGAAGAUCCGGAUGAUGAUGCCGAGCCAAUUGAUACGCAAGAUCGUACAACACCAGAAAUUGGAAACCCAAAGGAACCUCAAUCAUCCACCCAUUCUCGUCAACCCACUGGAAAAGUCGUUGGAAUCCUCAAACGAAAUUGGAGACCAUAUGUUUGUCACUUAGAUCCAUCAUCAAUCCCACCUUCUGCCUUACAAUCUAGUUUAUCAGCCUAUGCAGUCUUUGCCACUCCAUUAUCAAGAUUAAUCCCAAAGAUUAGGAUUCGUACAAGACAAGCGGCUACGUUAGCUAAUCAAAAAGUAUUAAUUUCAAUCGAUAGUUGGGAUGUCAAUUCAAGAUAUCCAGAAGGUCAUUUUGUUAGAGCCUUAGGCGUAGUAGAAAGUAAAGAAGCCGAACAAGAAAGUUUAUUACUUGAGUUUGAUGUACCUUAUAGACCGUUUAGUCAAGCUAUCUUAGAUUGUUUACCUGAAUCGGGUGAUAAAUGGGUGGUUCCUGAAAAAACUUCAAGUUCAAAACUUUGGAAAGAUCGUGAAGAUUUUAGAAAUUUAAUGAUUUGUAGUAUUGAUCCACCGGGAUGUCAAGAUAUUGAUGAUGCAUUACAUGCUAAAAAACUUUCUAAUGGGAAUAUUGAAGUUGGUGUUCAUAUUGCGGAUGUCUCACACUUUGUCUUACCGGAUACGCCCAUGGAUUUCGAAGCUGCUUCACGAGGAACCACGGUUUAUUUAGUUGACAAACGAAUCGACAUGUUACCUUCACUCUUAGGAACUAAUCUAUGUUCAUUAAAACCUUAUGUUGAACGAUUAGCAUUUUCAGUUAUAUGGGAAUUAUCACCUGAAACGAGUGAGUUUGUGAAUGUAAGAUUUACAAGAUCAGUGAUCCAAUCGAAAGCGGCUUUUACCUAUGAAGAAGCCCAGAAUCGAAAGGAUAACAAAGAAUUAUCAGAUGAGAUUACGGAAUCGAUUAGGUUAUUGAAUGAUCUGGCGAUCAAGUUGAAAGCUGCUCGAAUGCGUGCUGGUGCUCUUAACCUUGCCUCUCCAGAAGUUAAGAUUCAAAUGGAAUCAAGCGAGUCUAGUGAUCCGGUAGAUGUCGAACAAAAGGAAGCUAGAGAGACUAAUAGUUUGGUGGAAGAGUUUAUGCUUUUAGCUAAUAUUAGUGUGGCGAAAAGGAUAUAUGAAAGUUUCCCUUUGACAGCUGUUUUGAGACGACAUAAUCCUCCACCUAAGACGAAUUUUGAGGUUCUACAGGAUGUACUGAUGAAACGUCGAGGAAUGGUAUUAGAUUCUUCAAGUUCUGGAGCACUAGCAAACUCUUUAGACAACUGUAUCGAUCCAGAAUGGCCAACCUUCAAUACACUUGUUCGAAUCAUGGCAACACGUUGUAUGUUACCAGCCGAAUAUUUCGCAUCUGGUUCAGUUUCAAAGGAUACAUAUGGACAUUACGGUUUAGCUAGUCCGAUUUAUACACAUUUCACUAGUCCUAUUCGAAGAUAUGCAGAUGUACUGGUUCAUCGACAACUAAGUGCAGCGAUCACUCAAAGCCCAUUACCAAGUUCGAUGACAUCCAAACCUCAUGUAGAACGAAUCAUGACGAAUAUCAACAAACGACAUAAUUCAGCACAAAAGGCGGGUCGAGCUAGUGUUGAGUUUUAUGUUGCACUGGCGAUUAAAGCCAAAGAAUUGGGUCAUGCUGGUGUUAAGGUUAGGGCUGAGGCUUUUGUGAUUAGAGCUUUUAGGAAUGGAUUGGCUGUAUUUGUUUCACAAUAUGGACUUGAAGGUUUAAUUAAAUUUAAAAAUGAAAAUGAAUAUGAUGCAGAUCGAUAUGAGAUUACGAUCCCAACAAGAUCAGAAGACAAAAAAGUAAUCAUUGGAAUCUUUGAUAGAGUGAUGGUAGAGAUCACAACUGAACAAGAUCGAUUUACUCAACGUGGUAGAGUUAAGAUGAGUUUGAUUGAACCUAUUGAAUCGGAAAAAUUAUAA